ACCAAUCAAGCAUCAUCUUUCGCCUAUUUGCUGCUGGUCUCAGCUGGUCUUCACCUCCUGCAGAGUAGCUGCAUGCAGUGACUUCGGAGUUCGUCUGGGGGGCGCGGUGAUUCUGGUAGAAACUUGAAAUUUACCUGACAGCGCGUCGCGAACUGUUUUCGGCGAACUUGGAAGGCGAACUGCUUGUGGCACCUUCGAGAGCGCACGGAUACGCCCUGUGCGCCGUCGAGGCCGUGGCGCGCGUCAGGCGUUGCGGCGCGUCGCACGCCCUUCCUUCAUAGACAGGCAAAAUGCAGCAAGAGUUAGAGUCUCGUAAACAACGCAAAAUUCCCGCGGGUGAGAUUAGCGAAAGACCCUGCCUCUAAGGCGGAUGAGGACGCAGCAGGUCGAGCCUGGAAUACGUGCAGGAACGCCAAGGCAAGUACCAAGGCAUGACGCCGCGGACGGCCCGGCACAGCCCAGACCCGCCCGGGUAAUAGUCGAUCAUCGGAUGCCCCCCCCCUGCAAAUCACCCUCCUAUUUAUCCGCCAUUCACCCGUGUGGUCACCUCCGGGGCGUGCUAGCUAGCCUAGCGUGCGAAGGGCGGCCGAUCGUAUCUCUUAGAUAGAUUCUCUAUAACUAGGCGUCUUGGCUGCGGGCGAAUUGAGCCAAAGGGGCGAGCGAAACGAUUUGGCCUGGCAAUUUUAGUGGCCUGCGAACGUCGCGCCAGUGCCAGUGGAAGUGCCAGUGGCGUUUCGUGCCGCGUCAGGCGACCUAUCUGCAGCCCAGCGGGCACCCGGCCGCGCCUACGCAUCCUCCCUACACCACAGGUACCCGAGGGCCCCUGGGGGACCAAAUUACCAGCAGAAUGGACUUCGCGGCGGAAAGUGACCCCUCUCCCCCCAGCCCGGUCGCGGGGCGUACAAAGGGCUCUUUGGGACCCCGCAGCAAAAUCGCCGCCGGCCAAGUGGCUGGUCCGACUCGAAUCUCGAAUAUAAUUCCGCAACAACAUCUUGUCGUUGGGCCCUCGGGAUUUCCUCGUUCGCCGCGUAUACGACGGCCUGAUGAAUGAUUCUAAAGGUCGCGGUUCGUCGAGGAACGGGGCUUUGUUCCUGGAAAAUCUUGCGUUGGAAGCGAAUUGGCCCGGGCCUCUGAAAAAACCGGCCGCGAAAAAGUUCGCCAAUGAAUACGUCGCAUCGCGCCGAGUUUCCGAGCUCGCCGGCGGUUUCAAGAGAAUGUCGACCCUUCAUAAUAUGAGCAAUUGGGUCGAGAAGGAACGUUUCGGCUUGCCGGAAUAUUUACUCAGAACGUGCCCCGCGUCUCUCCGGGAAGGGCGGAGGCUGAAAACGAAAUUCCGAUUGGGUUGCCACGAUCUUCGAAGCUCGAGUUGUCGAAUGCAGCUCGUCCGUAACGCGCAAUGCCCUUGUUGCGAAUCUCGCGAGUCGGAAACUAUCCAACACACGUUGUUUGAAUGCACAGCCUUUGAGGAAGAACGCGAGGUAUUUCUUUCGAGAUUAUACUCGGUUCGCCCCCUCGCACGGCAAUUGAAUGAUGAGUACCGUUGUCGGCUGGUCAUGGGGCACAAGUUACCCCGGGAGAUUGAAAAAACGUUGUAUCGGUAUUUUAUUGCUAUUUCGAAGCUCCGGUUGGGUAUCCUGACCGAGCAGGGAGAAGGCUCUUAGGAG